AUGACGGCGGCGGCUCGACGCCGGGCCCCUGCCCCGCGGCCGCCCCCGGGCCUCGCCGUGUACGGGGCCGUGGGCGCGGCGGCGCUCGCCUGCUACCUCAACAGCCUGCACGGCGAGUUCGUGCACGACGACCUGCCCGCGGUGGCACGCAACCGGGACGCCGUGGCGGCCGCGCCGCUCGCCGACGUCUUCCGCGACGACUUCUGGGGCACGCCGAUGUGGGACCCGGCCAGCCACAAGUCCUACCGCCCGCUGACCACGCUCACCUUCAGGCUCAACUACCUGGCGUGGGGGCUGCAGCCGGUGUGGUUCCACGCCGUGAACGUGGCGCUGCACGCCGCCGCCUCGCUGCUGUUCACCAAGGCGUGCCUGCUGGUGGCCGGCCUGCAGCCCGUGUUCGCCGGCCUGGCGGGGCUGCUGUUCGCCGCGCACCCCGUGCACGCGGAGGCGGUCGCUGGUAUCGUGGGCCGCGCUGACGUACUGGCGUGUGUGCUGUUCCUGCUGUCUUUCCUCGCCUACCACGGAAGGGGCGGCGACUGCUCGGAGCGCGUGUGGCCCAGCGUGGUGCUGGCAGGGGUGUCCAUGCUGGCCAAGGAGACCGGCGUCACGGUGCUGCUGCUCAACCUGCUGUACGACCUGUACCGCUCCUGGCCGGUGCUGAGGAAGAGCCUGGCGGAAGUGCGCUGGAGCGAGGAGUCGGUGCUGUUCUCCCGCAGGGCGGCCAAGGUGCUCAUGUCGCUGAGCGUGCUGCUGAUGUUCCGGCUGGCGCUGCUGCAGGGGUCGCUGCCCAGGUUCUCGAACCAGGACAACCCGGCCGCCUUCCACCCCUGCACGCACGUGCGGUUCCUGACGUUCUGCUACCUGGCCGCGUUCAACUGCUGGCUGCUGCUGUGUCCGGUGACGCUGAGCCACGACUGGCAGAUGGGCUCCGUGCCGCUCGUCACCUCGCUGGCGGACGUCCGCAACGUGUGGACCUUCCUGUUCUUCGGCUGCUGCCUGUUCCUCGUCUGCCGCGGCCUGCUGGACUUCGAGCAACAGCGCAACUCGCCGCUGGUGCUCGGACUGCUGCUGGUGGUGCUGCCGUUCCUGCCGGCGGCCAACCUGGCUGUCACCGUGGGCUUCGUCGUGGCGGAGCGGGUCCUCUACAUCCCCAGCCUAGGCUUCGUGCUGCUCGUGGUGUACGGAGCGCAGCUGCUGUGGGUCGCGCUGGUGCGCCAGAGGUGCGUGAUGCUGUGCGCCGGCCUGCUGCUGCUGCUGGUGCUGUGCACCAGGACCGUGGUGCGCAACCGGGACUGGAGCUCCAGGGAGUCGCUCAUCAGAGCUGGCCUUAAGGCGCUGCCCCACAACGCAAAGAUGCACUACAACUUCGCUAACUUCCAGAGAGAGUCAGACAACUUGGAAUUAGCGGCGUCUCACUACCAGAUCGCUCUGCAGCUGUGGCCGACGUACGCCAGCGCGCACAACAACCUGGGCACGCUGAUGACCAGCCCGGGCGAGGCGGAGAGCCACUUCCUCGCCGCCAUCCGCUACUCGCCCGACCACGUGAACGCGCACUACAACCUGGGCCAGGUCUACAGGAGGAUGAACCGCAGCGCCGAGGCGACGCGCAUGCUGGAGCGCUGCGUGCGGCUGGACCCGGGCUACAGCCCCGCCCACGUGCUGCUGGCGCGGCUGUACGCGGCUCGCGGCCUGCACUCGGCGGCGGGCCGCCUGCUGGGGCACCUGGCGGCGCUCAGGCCGCCGCAGCCCGACAACCUGGCCGCGUACGGCGCCUGGCUGCGCGACCGAGGCCGCGGCUGGGAGGCGCUGCACUGCUAUCAGGGGGCGCUGUCCUUAUCGCCCACUCACAGGGCGUCCCUGCUGGGCGCCGCGCGCAUCCUCAGGACCAAGGGCCAGUGGCCCCGGAUACACCAGCUCAUGAUACGAUACCACGUCAUGUCGAGUGACCACAAGGGAGGCGUGGUGUACACGGGCGACCUGUACAUCAGGAGCCCGCGCGCCGCCAGCGCCUCGCCUGGCGAGCCGCCCGCGCCCCCAGGCGGCAAGGGCGCCAACCAGUGUCUUGCCAAGGUGCGGGCUGCCCCCCGCAGGCCCCGAACCGGCCGCAGGAAGCCCAGGCCCUGGCGGCGGCCGCUCGUGAACCGCACCGGGGUGCAGCCGAGCUGCUGCCUGGUGGCGGAGUUCAGCACCAGGGUGGACGAGGUGGGCCGCAGCACGGGCACCGCGGCCGCUGUCCAGCAGGGCCACCAGCACAGCCUGUGGGCGCAGCGGCCGCUGCUCUCGCCCGGGGCCACGCCGGUGCCCGUGCCUGUGGACGGCGACGAGGACUUCUCCCCGGACCUGUUCACCGGAUGACGCGGCGAGGAGGCCAGUGGCUUCCGGUAGCGAGCCCCCGGCCGACACUCGUGACGCACGAGGAGACAUUGCCCUUCACGCCCACAGCCACGUGGCGGCACCAUGUUCCCGGAAAGGGUAAACAGAAGAUACGGAAUUGGCACGAACAAAAAUUUGUAUGACCCCCAAUGUUUCUUACUUGUAGCUCUUGGAAGAACUGGAACACAACUGAUGGACUAGAAAGUUGCAAAUUACCAGUGUUUUUCUCCAACACUAUUGUAUAAAAAAAAAACUUUUUUCUUAUACCCAAUUAAAUGAAACUGCUACCUAUUUUAUUCCCUUAGUGAAAACAUUCAAUGCUUGCCAAUCAAUAAUUGUGUAUUUAAAACCACAUUAUUUCUUUGAAGAAACAAUAAUAAGCAGUUAAAUUAUAAAUUAUUUGAUUAAUUUUCAGUAAUUUUUAAAGUAAAAUUGUGGUUUCUUUGUUUAUUUGUGUAUUUUGUAAAUCAUUAAAAUUUAAAAAUUGUUUGGAACCAUUUCUGCGUUCUUUUGAUUUAUUUUUGUGACACGGUUUUGCCACUAACUUAAAAUCAGUUUAAACAAGUUGUACAAAACUAUAUAACAACAAAGUUUACGAUAGGUGGUUGCACACUACAAUGGCACACGACAAAAUAAAUGUGUUAAAGUAAAAUGAAGGAAAAUACAUCAUAUACGUGAAUUGCCUACAGGUUUUAAUAUGCUCGAAAUGUGAUAAACUGUGAAUAUAACUAAUGGAAUGAAGUAAUACGACCAUACAGUAAGAUUGUUCCUCACAUUUGACAGUUUUAUUUACACAACGUGCUUUAGAUAUAAUCCUAUUCUCUAUUAAUAAAGCACUCAUAAUAGUGUGCAAUUUCUAAUGUUUCUUAAUUUAUGAGAUUUUUUUGUAAUAGUCUAUAUUUUAGCAUGUUACUGUUAAAGUUCCCACGUAUACCGUUAUGUAUGUUUUAGUAUUCAUGAAUAAAUUGCAAUGAAGACAGAGUUAUCACCAAUACAGUCAUAUGAACUAUUUAUAAACUUUGCUUAUCCUAACUUUAAUAUGUCCUUUACUGAUGCAUCAAUACUAUUAGAAGUGCAGAAAACCAAAAAAAAAAAAAUUGUCAAAACUUGUUUAAGCUUAAUUGGAGUGAAUAUGUACAUUGUCACUGUAAAAAUAUUGUAGUAACAUUGACUGAAAGCAAAGAAAAUAUUUUUAAACGCAAGCUGUUGUGUGUUGAAACAAGAUGUUUUGUGAUUUCCUUCCCCACAUACAUAGUUCAUUUCAUAACUGUGAGAGAUGAUGAUUUGGAAAAAUUUUCCACGACCAAAACUGAAGCAUGUUUUGAAUGCACUUUAUUAUACAAUUGAAUUAUCUGAGGCUUACCUAGCGAUACUGAUGAGGACAAUAA